GUGUGUGUGGGUGUGUGUGAGGGGGGUGAGGGGGUGUGGUCUGGUGCCGGGGUGAUGGCGGAGUAUCAGGCCGUACAGCGCGGAGCUCUGAGGCUCAAAGGAGUGGCCGAGUUGGGCCUUAAAAAGAAGAAAAAGAAGGUUAAAGAUGCCAAGAAAAUGCUCCAGCAAAUUAGCACAAGUCAGCAGCAGCUGCAGCCGAUGGGGGACACGAAGGAGGAAAAUGCUGGGCAGAGAAUGGCAACCGUGGACAAGCAAACUCCAGCACAGAAAGCAUUCGAUAAAAUGCAGGAGAGACGGCAAAUUGAAAGAAUUUUGAAGAAGGCGUCAAAAACGCACAAGCAGAGUGUGGAGGAAUUUAACAGACAUCUGGACACCCUGACAGAACACUAUGAUAUUCCCAAAGUCAGCUGGACUAAGUGAGGUCGUGGACGGGUUUCCCCACUCCUCUGUUCUGGUUUUCCAUGUUUUAAGGAGGAAGAGUUGCUCCUUGUGUCUCUGAUAACAACAAUGGCUCUUUAACUGGUUUAACUGAUGGCUGAGUUUGCUGCUCAGCUGGAAUCCGGUGGCUAUUAGCUGUACUAUUCUGCUUAUAUAAAAAAAAUCUGGUUUAAUUCUCAACCUGCGUUGAUCUCAGCCAGGCCGCAGUUGAGGCAGUAUUUGGCUGUAUUUCACCCACAAAAUACACAGUCAAUUCACUUCAUGGUAUAUUCUGUGAAAUGCUUUCAGACGUCUUGAAGACGUGAUAAGGCUCUAUGUCAAAUGCAAGGAUUGCUAUUAUUUGGCCUCCGCCCAUCCCUAGCUUAGGGUGAGGGAAUCAACCUGAGCCCCCAGUCCUGAUCACUAUCCUCUAUCUAUUUCCUCCCCUGUUGCUGAAGCUGCAUUUUGUGGGUGAGGACUGCAGUGAACUAGUCUGUGAUGUGCCUGCAGUCAAAUAACCCAUAGAGCUCACUGUGAAAGCUUAUUUCUGUACAGCUCCAGUAUUGUUUCCAGUGACCAUUAUCACAGAAAUAUGCUGGUAGAGCAUUGUGAUAGUGCAGUCCUGAAUCCUACCUGUACUUCAUGGAGUACAGGUAGCUUCAUGGGGCUUGAUCUUUUAGAUUUUAAGCUAUAAAUUUUGUACAUUGGAUAAGCACAUCUUUUUCUUUAUUUUUCUUGUUUUUGUUUCUUUUUCCGCAGCAGAAUUCUCAGCCCCCUUGUUCUUGUAGAGGUUUGUCUGAUAAAACUAUUUUUGCUUUUAGGUCUUUUGGUGAGUUUUCUCAGUCGUAUUGCUAUCUGUAAAGAACUAUUUGCAACCUGCUAAAACCAAAAUAAAAUGAGAAACUCCAUUGCA